AAAACAUGAAGAAGUUACCGCAGGAUGAAUGGACGUAGGACUGAAGAAGUUAAAAACCAAGAGGAAAUACAGACUGCCCCGGAAUAAUAAUUAACAUAUCAUCAUUGGUCAGGCGAAACCGGGCUCGAAGAAGUCUCAAGCCUUUGUAAUAGUCAAAGGGAGACUAAAAACUGAAAGCGAAAACCCUAGACGCCACAGAACUUUCGGUCGCAAUAUUUAACAAGUAAACUCGCAAUGGCAGAUGCUCAUGAAUCAGAUAAGAACAUUGAGAUAUGGAAGAUCAAGAAAUUGAUCAAGGCAUUGGAAUCUGCAAGAGGCAAUGGCACCAGUAUGAUAUCUCUUAUAAUGCCUCCACGUGAUCAAAUUUCUCGGGUCACUAAGAUGCUGGGUGAUGAAUUUGGAACUGCUUCAAACAUCAAAAGCAGGGUCAACCGUCAGUCCGUGUUGGGUGCUAUUACUUCUGCUCAACAGAGGCUGAAGCUGUAUAAUAAGGUUCCUCCCAAUGGGCUGGUUCUUUAUACAGGAACAAUUGUUACUGAAGAUGGCAAGGAAAAGAAGGUGACAAUUGACUUUGAACCGUUCAGGCCUAUAAAUGCCUCUUUGUAUCUAUGUGAUAACAAGUUUCACACAGAAGCUCUAAAUGAACUUUUAGAAUCUGAUGAUAAGUUUGGUUUUAUUGUCAUGGAUGGAAAUGGUACUCUCUUUGGGACAUUAACUGGAAACACACGAGAGGUGCUACACAAGUUCACUGUUGACUUACCAAAGAAGCAUGGAAGAGGAGGGCAGUCAGCUUUGCGUUUUGCCCGUCUUCGGAUGGAAAAGCGGCAUAACUAUGUGAGAAAGACUGCAGAACUUGCCACACAGUUCUUCAUCAACCCUGCCACCAGUCAGCCUAAUGUUUCUGGACUCAUACUUGCUGGUUCAGCUGACUUCAAGACUGAGCUGAGCCAGUCGGAUAUGUUUGAUCCUCGCUUACAAGCAAAGAUAUUGAAUGUCGUUGAUGUCUCCUAUGGGGGAGAAAAUGGGUUCAAUCAAGCUAUCGAGCUGUCUGCAGAGAUUCUAUCUAAUGUAAAGUUCAUACAGGAGAAGCGCUUGAUUGGCAAGUAUUUUGAAGAAAUCAGCCAGGAUACGGGAAAGUAUGUCUUUGGUGUAGAUGACACAUUGAAGGCUUUGGAAAUGGGUGCUGUAGAAAUCCUAAUUGUGUGGGAAAAUCUGGAUAUCACUAGGUAUGUGCUGAAAAACAUUGCAACUGGUGAGAUUAUCAUAAAGCAUUUGAACAAAGAGCAAGAAGCCAACCAGAGCAAUUUUCGGGAUACAGAUACCUCUGUGGAGUUGGAAGUUCAGGAUAAGAUGCCGUUGCUUGAGUGGUUUGCAAAUGAGUACAAGCGCUUUGGUUGCACACUUGAAUUUGUAACCAACAAAUCCCAAGAGGGGUCCCAGUUUUGCAGAGGAUUCGGUGGGAUUGGGGGCAUCCUUCGCUACCAGCUUGACAUAAGAUCAUUUGAUGAGCUAUCUGAUGAUGGCGAAGUAUAUGAGGAUUCUGAUUAAAACUGUUGGUGCUGCUGAGUGUGGGAGGCUUUAGCAAGUAUGGCGUAUCUUUGUUGCUGCUGCUACUGGGGAUUGAAGUUUUGAUUGCUUCAUACUUUCAAAACUGCAUCCAGGGGAUAGGUUAUUGUUUCCGGUAAUAUUUCUCUCUCACUUUCAUCACCGUUCUGCCUUUAUCAUCUUUUGAAGCAAUUGGGACCUGCUAUGUAUCGCGACUUCCUCACAGGUUUUACCAUAGAAAACUGUGAGGUGGUCAUGAGUUUAUUCUGUGACCAGAGUGUAUCUUUAAUGGAUGCUUGAAGUUGGCUCAAUCAAAAUACCCGUUGGUAUUGGAACUUUCUGUCAGGUGUCUU